AUGGCCGAUUUCGACGAAGCCUUGCGACAUUGGCGAUCUUGCUUCGAUAAACUCUCGGAGACUGACAGGAAAUCGAGAGUGUCGUGGUGUUCUCAGGUCAUGUACCACUUUUCCGCGGUCCUCCUUCGCAAUAACCUAUCAGACAUUCAGAUGGCCGCUGGAAGCGCUUAUUCCUCCGGCCGGGCUGUUACGCCGCAAUGUGCUCAAGCGGCGUACUCGCGACUUGUAUCGAUAGAUCCCGUCAGUCAUGACUCGUACCUUCACGGGGUGGAGGUGGUCAGCCUAUGUUUACAAAACCCUGAAGGCCAAAGAUCCUUGAACCCUAAUAAUGUCGGCUUUCCAUCCCCGGAGCCCCGGCCCCUCUGGCAAACCUACGGUGCCUUCCUAGGCUUGUUGGUUAUCUGGGCACGUACGCUAGGUUUGGAGCAAGAGGAUACUACCGCCAAGCGGCCAACCACAUUGUCAUCUGGUUCAAUACCUGGUAUUGCAGCUAGUACGUUAAACAACAUGUAUCAGCGCGAGUUGGCCCGCACUGAGCCUACAAAGGAGGAUGUGCAGUUGUUACGGAGCGAAUUACGUCAAUUAAUUGGCAUUGUCUGUGAACUCUUGAUGGCGCGGCCAUGGGAAAUAUCGCACGAAGCUGCUCGGAUUUUAACCUCUCUAGCCGAAAGACAAGCACCGGGGCGGCUUUCGUUUGGCUCUCACAUUGAGAGUACAACAAGGUAG